CUUGCCAUUAAACGGGCUCUUCCGGUAUCUUCACGAUCUCACUCAGCUCAGCUGUCAUUCUUAUUUGCAAACAAAGAUCCCGUGCUCGGAUGUUUGCAGCUCCGCCGCCCGUCCACCCCGUUUGUCACUUGAAUCGUGCUGUUACCGGAUAAAAUGGGAGAAAACGGCGACACCGAGAUCAUAGAGCAUCACGUUGAUGAGGAGAUGGAGAAGAAGAGGAUAUUAAGAAGUCAUGGCUCUUCGUUCAUGGAGAGUGUUACACCGUCGGAGAGGGAUGGACACAGUAGUACGCAGUCUUCCCACCGGCUGCUGGCAUACAGUGACGCGCUCAUCUCAAUCAUAGCCACUGUUAUGAUAUUACCUGUUGCACAUACAAAGGUCCAAGAUAACGAGGAAUUGAAGGAGAGUCUGCAGGUUCUGCUCACCACUAAGAUAGCUGUGUACCUGAUGACCUUCCUCAUAGUGACCGUAGCAUGGGCUGCUCAUAUCAGGUUAUUUCAAGUCAUUGAACGUAUUGAUGACUGCCUUGCACUUCUCAACCUAGCUUGUAUGAUGUUGAUCACCUUUCUGCCGUACACAUUCUCCCUCAUGGCGACGUUUCCUGAGAACAUCUUGGGAAUCCUCCUGUUCUGUGCCUGCGUCAUGGUGUUAGGCUUCAUUCAGGCUGUUAUAGUGGUGUAUGGCUUCAGCCGUCCGUUCCUGCUCAACGACCAGAUCCAGGUGUCGGAGAACCAGGUGUUCUAUAAACAUCACAUCCUGAAGGUCAUCAUGAGGGUCCCCAUCAUGUGCUUCUUCGCCAGUAUCUUCUCAUUCAUCUUCUUUCAGAUGUCCUAUGUGAUCCUAGCCAUCGUAAUCUUCCUGCCUUACAUCUCCCAGUCUCUAAAAUGGUGCCGCAGCAAAGCUAUCGGCCAGGUGGAGGAGACACCUGAUUCCAUGAUGUUUUAUACUUACCAUCCAAACGAACCCCUCAGCAAGGAGAGGGUGGAGGCCUUCAGCGACGGCGUGUUUGCCAUCGUAGCUACUCUACUCAUCUUAGACAUAUGUGAGGACAAUGUCCCCGACCCAGUGAUGGUCCAGAAACAGUAUGGUGGCAGUCUGGUGGCUGCCCUGCAGAACUAUGGCCCAGAGUACCUGGCCUACUUCGGCUCCUUCGCUACCGUGGCUCUCCUCUGGUUUGUCCAUCACUCUCUCUUCCUUCACGUCACCAGGACCACUCGUUUCAUGGGCCUCCUCAACACCUUCUCUCUGGCCUUCGUAGGGGGCCUGCCCUUGGCCUACCAGCUGACCCACGAGUUCCCCCGGAACUCCCGCAACGAGCUGGAGGCCAUCCAGAUCAGCUGCGUCAUCAUCUUCUUCGCCGGCGUCUUCCAGCUCGCCAUCUGGGUGGCGGCGCUGUUCAGCGAACGCGAGACGCUACACCCUUAUGUGCGUUACGGCGGCCGUGAGCACGCCUUCAUGUUGGCCAAGCUGGCGCUGUACCCGUGCGUGGCCCUGGGGACCUUCUUCCUCACCUGUAUUCUCAGUCAAUUCAGCGCGUCUAUUUUCCACCUGAUGGAGAUUACGGUGCCGUUUGCUUUCCUGUUGCUGAGGCUGCUGGUCAGAGGCGGGUUGACGCUGCUCCGGCUCAUAUUCUGCCCGGAUGGGCCGGAGACGAGGAGUGCUCUGGAGGAGGAGGAAGAGGAGGCUAGGAUGCCCUUCAAUACCAUGAUCACUUAGUGGUUGUCAUUUAGCUCGAUGGUCAGUUUGCUCCGGGUCUGUAUUCACAAAUGUUGCAGAGUAGGAGUGCUGAGCUAGGCUCAGUUUUGACGGUUAUAUCAUAAUGUGUAUAUAAUGAAUAAGAUUAUAUGGACAAGUGGGUUCCUGAUCCUAGAUCAGCUUUGUGAAUACAGGCUCUGGGACUGGGGACGUGGUCUGUCGGACAGAUGUACAGUAGCUACAGCUCGUCUUGACCUCUGAAGGGAGAGUUUGAGGUCGAUUCCAUUUGAACUGCACAUUCAGUUUUGUAUUGAUGAGUCAUUUUCUUUUCAAAUUGGUUGCGUUAAGUCAAGUGGUCGUUAAAAGGAAAUGACACUGGGCCAGAGAAGUGGAGAGUACAACCAAUGUAAUUGACAGCCCUCCCAUUUUUUAUCUGACUUCCUGAAUAAUGGUUUAUUAUUUACCGUUGAGAAUCUAGUCUGUUUGUGCCAACAUUUGCACUCCAAACAUUUAUGGCGUGAGGAGGCACAGGGGGUCGUGUUUAAGAGUUCAGAAAUCUGCAUUUUUAAACCAUUUCAGCUGCGUUUUAAUAUUGAAAGUCGAGUUUAUUUGUUGUCUGCUUCAAUAGAGUGAUCAGGAACGUGCAGCUAUAGAUUUCCUUCACAGAAAAUACAUUAGUGCAACACAUUCACAAAAUAGCUUCAUUUUCAUCAGAUGACAACAGAAGUGUAAAUGCUAUUUGGCGUAGCAGCCACUCAAGUAAAUGAGCUUACAAUGAAAAAGGAAGGUAUUUGUUUUUGCUAAAACGACGCAUGGUCAUCAGAUUUCAGUUUAUCGUAGAAAGAAUGUAGCCAGCUCCUAAUGUUUUUCUUCGGGUUAAUCGUUGUACCGGAGGAAAGUAGCUACGCAGUCAGAGCGAUGUCUGCUGAUAAAAUGCCCGUUGGUGAAUUCUCAUCCAAGCGGAGAAGUGCAAUUGAAGGACAAAAUGGUUCGGUCUGAUGCCGAGCAGAAAUUACAAUAAGAAGCAUUUUAGAACUGCGUUUCCAAAACGCAACAAGAUAUCUCUCAUUAAAAAUUAUAUUUUUUUUUAAGUCAGUUUAGAACUAAUUCUUAUUUACUCAUGCGUUUAAAAAAAAAACAUUUUUUUUUGGGGGGGGGGGCGUGGUGAACAACGCAAAAAUCUGCAUUUAACGUGACCCCCUGAGGCAAAGGAGUGAAAUGUUAGCACCGACUGAAUUUCAGGCUAGUUAAUUUUGGGGUUUCAUUCAUUCUGAAUAUUCAUGUCCACUUCCCAACAUACAAAUAGCAGAUAAAAUGGAAGUCCUCAUAUGUACCGCCCGUCCAACAUUCACUCACUGCUCAUAUUGACCGAGUUUAAUCACGCAGUAUAAAUUCUAUAAAUUGUUUUUUUUCUUUCUUCUAUAACAUGAAAGAGUGAGUGAGCAGCAUGAAUCUGACCAACAGGGUAACUUCACUUUUUUCAGUUCAGAAUAUAAUAAUAACCGUCCACAGGAAUGUACUCCCAAUGUGUUGGGUCAGCUCAUAAUAUUGCACAAUACAAAUCCCAAUGUUGGGCAUACGCUACAAUACUUCUAAAAUCGUAACUUGGAAUUGCUCACAUUUCCUGAUUUUAUUUUUAAAAUUCCCUUUUCACAAAUCUUUAAUUCCGUCCAUGUUCAACCCCAGGAUGUGGGUGCUCACGUUACACUGUUAUUCCCUAGUGUUUUUUCCAUUGUCAUAGGGGGGGGGGAAAGUGUCGUAACAAAAACAGCUGAUUUAUUGGAGUGCACAUUAUGUGCAGAAACCGAUGGGAGGCGCAGAAUAAGGACGUAAUAUUGGAGUUAAUUUUGCAUAGCCCCGGUGCGUGGAGAAUUCACGUUAAGGACCAAUGGAAAAAUAAUUAUGAAACGCUGUUCAUCGGGCCACUUAACACCAACUCACCCAUUUAAAAAAGGCAGUUGUGUUUUCUCCACAGCUCCACCAAUCAGGCUCCCAUCACCUCGGUCCACACCGGGCUUGUUGUUGCGUCCCUCUUCACCGUCUCUUUUAGGUCUCACAUGCGGCGUUCUCAUUGGCAUCAGACCCCUUGCCCAAUCGCGUCCUAGAGCACUGCUCAUACUACAAGAUGCACGACCAACAUUUUAAGAAAAUGUAUCGGGACAGCCGUUGUGUCCUUGACCUCUCAAAAAACAACCUAGCCCAAGUUCAUAGGAUUUCAGCCCGAUCAUGAAAAUGUGUAGCAUAUGCCUGGCAUUAGCUGAAAAAGUCCCAUUUUGUAGCAUUCUUUCUUCUCAGGCUAGGUUACAUUUAUUUGAUUUACAUUUUUAAAUUAAGUAAAUAAAAGAAAUAUGAAUAGCCAUUCUCAUCUGUCCAGACAAUAUGUUGUACUCAGAGUAGAUUCGUUUCAGAAAUUAUUUUACAUUACUGGGCCAUUUAAAAUCAAACCAUACAAUGAAAUGAAAGACAUGGACAGUCAUGGAAAGACAAGACAGUGAUUUAUUUAAUAUAGAUGUGCAAAACACGUUUUUUCUUUGCAAUAUUCUGGAUGUGACGUUUCUUUCCCGAUAAAAAAAGGUCAGUUAUUGCUGCAAUACUGUUUUGUGUUUGAUGUUGAAAAAGCACUUUAAAUUCAGAAUGCUUCAGUGUUAUCUGCUUUUAGAGCUCAAAUAAGGAAUCAAAAUGUUCUUAAUCCAGAACUAAUGUCUUGCAUAAUUGGUCAGCUGAUUGAAGUUCUGGGUCGAUGCGUUGUUUAAAAUGAGGAGCUGAACCGGAACGAGAAGCUCCACCCCCCCUCUUUGCAAGCUACUGCUGCUCGUUUUCCCCCAUUCCUUCCCGACAAAAUUCUACAGUACCAGUUGUGUUUACGUAGAUCCCAAGAGAUUAAGCUAUACAAGUGCUAUGUCAAUCACUGUUAACACUGCAAGUCCUUUUAAAAAAAAUAAA